CUUCUUCAGUAAAAUGAAAGAGAGGUGUUUUUUUGAAGAAGGAAUCAGCAGGGACGCCAUGGGUUUGCUAGGGUCUAGCAAUGGCGAUGACGAGCAUAUGGAAGCAUGACGGCGAAGGUGUUGAGAUGGAAAAAGUGCAUCUGGAGUGCUGGGCCUUACUGUCUGGGUGUGGUCUGUGCACUGAACAGCUUUCACGGGAGGAAAGGGCUCGAAGGGCUUUGAAAUGCGAUUGUGUGGCCGAGCUUCGUGAUGGACCCUGCGGGUCACAGUUUAAAGAAGCCUUUUAUUGCUUUCUUACUAGCACAGCUGAAGAACAGGGUUCGGACUGCACAAAGUCAUUCAUCGCAAUGCAAACGUGCAUGACUGCCAAUCCUGAAUCGUUUGCUCAGUAUAAUGGUGAAGACAGGAACCAGAGUAGCCCUGGAGGUGAAUUCACAUUACAUGGAAACAAGCAAGAAGGAACACCUGUGGCCUCUCCACCUCCAGGAGCUAUCAGAAAACCACUUUAGGGGCUGCAUUCUCGAUUUUAGUAGUGCAAAGCAUUGAGUUAUCUGUUUAUUUUUUCAAAUUACCAGUUCAAAAGUGCUCCUUUAGUGCAAUCAUCCUUGCGAUGGACUCUAGACAACUUUGGUAGUGCAGACAUCAGCUAUUUGGUUUAAUAUUACUUAAAUCAACUUGAAGCUGGCUUCGAGUCUUUAGUUCAAUUUUAAGGGUUUUUGACAAUGCACGUCAGAAUUCUCAAUUUUUCAUGUAUUUAAAUCUUUCAGGAGCCGAGGAUUAGUUCUUCACACUUCAGGGUAUUCCAUCUUGACAAGAAAACAAGUUCUAAUGCGAGCACAAAGUUUGCUUCA